CUACCUGUUCAGUACUCCACGGUAUAAUCGGUUUGACACUGCUUGACGGCGACUGGAGGUAGCUUUUUUGGAGAGACCUCUGUCCCCCUCAUAACCCAAGAUGAAGUGCGACGAAGUGAAUUCGCCUGCCUUCAUCGACCUUACCCUCCACAAUGCGCCAUACAGCCCCUCACUAGCUACUUCGGCAUCGGUUUCCUCGACCUCGGUCUGGUCCGAUGCUUCGUCUCAGAACUCCGACGACACAUCCAUUUCUGCCCCCACUUCCGACUCCGACUCCGACUCGUGCGAUCCCUACAGUCUCUCGAGGCAGAAUAACCCUUCGCAAACCUCAACCUUGUCGGUUGAGCUCACCAACACAUGGGCAAAACCGCAUCUGCAGCCUCAGGUGGAAGUCCCACCCGAGCUGCGACAGAAUCCCCGACGGACCUCGACCUCGCGCGCAGGCUGCCCUCCUUCCUUGGUCAGGCAGUGCGAUCGCAAGGUCAACUUCGUCGACAACCUCGUUGAUUCGUCGACUCAGAUCGUAGAGGCGGUUUGGCCUACCUCCUCGGUGGUUUGCCGCAAUGAGAAUGGGAACAGCGGCGUUUUGCCGCUUCGAACCUUCAUCCAAGAAACGUUGCGUCGAUCGCGCACCAGCUACUCUACUCUGCAAGUUGCGCUCUAUUACCUCGUACUGAUCAAGUCUCACGUUCCGAACCACGACUUCACCAUGGAGCAACUAGAAGACAGCCAUGCGAGCCGAGCGCUGCAAUGCGGCCGCCGGAUGUUCCUGGCUGCGCUCAUCCUGGCCUCCAAGUAUCUACAGGACCGGAACUACUCGGCGCGCGCCUGGAGCAAGAUCUCGGGCCUCAAUACACAGGAGAUCAACCAGAACGAGAUGGCCUUUGUCACGGCCGUGAACUGGAAGCUCCACAUCACCGACGAGGUAUACAACCGCUGGACCGAUUGCGUCAUGAAGCACACGCCGUCGCUGCCGCCGUCCCCGGGGGGCAGUGCCCAGCAGCGCGUGUUUGAGCGCCAGUGUGAAGAUUUCAAGACCAUCAUCUUGAACCUCACCCCGGAGCUUGAUAACUUGGACGACAUCCUCCCUGGAUCUCCUUCCAAAUGUCGGUCCCAGCAUGUUCCAGCCACGUCCCCGAGAUCGCUCUACACUCCUACCCAGGAACGGAACUGUCCUGGGGCCUUCGGCGGUGGUCUUGCAACACCAGCGCAGAAGGCGUUCGGCAUGCCCGCCGUUAUGGAACCCACGCCGGCCUCUGUAUAUAUUCCCGGCCGGCUGGCUCCAGCAUUGGGGCUUCUGCCAACACCCCGAUUAACCCCUCAGCCGAGCGGAUUCAGCACUCCUGCAGCGAGUGCCGCAUCUCAUCUGCUAGGAAAGACAUCCUCCAUGUCCCUCGCCAUGGCACAGGUAAAUACAUCUUCUACCGCCCAGUCUCUCGAUCGGUGGCCCGUUUCGACCACGUCCCCCCAGAGCUACUUUGCAACUCGCCGCUCGUCACUCGCCAACACUGUGUCGACUGCGUCUUCCCCCGAGUCGAUGGUCUCGGAUUCGUCCCGGACCUCACGCUCUUCCUCAAUCUCGUCAGCUUCGUCAUUGGUCAGCGCGCCCUCCACCAAGUUGGAUGUUCAGGCGCGAUGCCGUUACGCGAAGCUGUAUAGCGAGAGGAUGAGCCUGAGACCGACCAUCGCUUCGGUCCCCGAGGAUUAUGAUGAGAAUCGGAUCACGGCAUCGCCAGAAUCUUACACCGGCCCGGUUGGUAAGGAUCUGUGCGACCUGUCGAUCGAGACUCCUCUGGCGCGACAAGAAUACGACGUGGACGACGUUGCUCGGGACUCUGUAAACGAUGCCGCUCGGGCUCUGCACGAGCUGCAAAACUACAGACACGGCGCAAUUCUCCCGACCUCGGCACCAGUCAAGGCGGGCUCCAAACGAAGCCGGACGGCGUCGAUUGACAACCCGCUCCAGGGCGAAGUCCGCGAGAUGUUGGCCGGAAGAUACGCUGCUGGCGACGCUGCUUGGUCCGAUACGUUGGUCCGCCCACAGUACCCAUCUGCGUCAGAGCAGGUGCCGAUCCACGCGACCCUCCAGGGCGGGCGCAAGCGAGUUUGCUGCUCAACGGAGGCAGUGGAUCGCUUUGCCAUGUCGUCUCUGCACCCCGGCAUGGGAGGCUUUGGAGGACCUGGCAUGUGGGGAGGGAUCCUCAAUUAAUCAGCCACCUAACUAC